CCUUAACAAAACAAAAUGUUUGUUUUUCUUAAACAGCUUUUUAACCCUUCUAAUUACUUAGAUUAAAUUUUGGAACACCAUGCAUUGUUUUCCAUGUUUCUCUACGCCAAAGAGUAAAAAAUCUCCAACUAGGAAUGAGACCGACGACAAUGAAACCAGACCACAUGCACACGAGAAUAAACAUGCAGAUGAAGCAGAGCAAUUGGAAGAAACGACGUUGAAGACGUUCACUUUCCGAGAACUAGCGACCGCGACAAAGAAUUUCCGGCAAGAAUGUUUGUUAGGAGAAGGUGGCUUCGGCAGGGUUUACAAAGGAACCCUUCAACCUACUGGCCAGGUGGUGGCUGUAAAGCAACUAGACAAGCAUGGACUGCAUGGGAACAAGGAGUUUCAAGCAGAGGUCUUGUCAUUAGGCCGACUCGAUCAUCCCAAUCUUGUUAAGCUUGUAGGCUAUUGUGCCGAUGGAGAUCAAAGACUUUUGGUUUAUGAUUAUGUCACAGGAGGUUCUCUCCAAAACCAUCUUCAUGAGCCAAAAUCAGACCGUGAACCAAUGGACUGGACGACAAGGAUGCAGAUAGCGUACGGUGCAGCGCAAGGGCUUGACUAUUUGCACGAUAAAGUGAAUCCACCCGUGAUAUACCGUGACUUGAAAGCUUCAAACGUUUUGUUGGACGAUGACUUGUGUCCUAAGCUUUCUGACUUUGGCCUGCAUAAGCUAGGACCAGGGACAGGUGAUAAGAUGGUGGCUUUAACUUCUCGAGUAAUGGGAACUUAUGGUUACUCCGCUCCUGAGUAUACACGAGGAGGAAAUCUCACCUUGAAAUCAGAUGUCUAUAGCUUUGGAGUUGUGUUGCUUGAGCUCAUCACUGGUCGAAGAGCUCUUGAUACUACUAGACCUAAUGAUGAACAAAACUUAGUUUCUUGGGCACAACCAUUGUUUGGAGAUCCAAAGAGAUAUCCUGAUAUGGCAGAUCCAGUUCUUGAGAAUAAAUUUUCAGAGAGGGGACUAAACCAAGCGGUGGCGAUAGCUUCAAUGUGUGUGCAAGAGGAGGCAACAACUCGUCCUCUGAUAAGCGAUGUAAUGGUUGCACUUAGCUUCCUUUCCAUGUCUAAAGAAGACGGUGUUCCCACAACUGUUCCUAUCUUAUCCUUCAGGGACAAGAGCAUGUCUAUAGCCUUAAGCCGACAUGAUUCAGAUCUUGCAUCUUCUAAACUAGCAGUAGAAGAUGAAAAGUCUAGUACAUCAUCAGACAAAGAAUCAUCUGUGGACAGCAUGAAGGAGAGAGUAAUCAAACGUGAGGAGGAAGAUAGCUUGAGCGAAUCUGAUGAUGGGUCUGGUUCUAACUCGGAUGAAGAACAAGAAGAGGAUCGAAACAGUUUAUCAACAGAGCCUAUUGAUGAGAAGAACCAGGCGCAGAGCUUGAAGAUAAACUAUAGAUAUAGUUGGGAAGAAGUGGAUGUUAGUGAUGAGAAGCUAAGCAGUAAAGGCAGCCAGAAAUCAAAUGAUGAGAGCAUAUAUUCGUGCUAUGAUAUUGAAGUAGAUCAUGAUGAUUUACCUAGGAAUGAAAAGCAUAUUCAUCUUGAGCACAUUCAUAGCUCGAAAUCCGAGGAUGAUCAAAGUGUUUAUUUUGAUGAUGAGCCAGGAGAUGACAAUGAGAUAUCUUUUCAUCGGAUAAAAUCGGAGGUGGAUGUUGAUUAUGUUGAAGAUGACAGUGGAACUUCUUUGCACCCAGUUAAAUAA